CCAGAAACGCAAUACUAAUUGCAUUUGCAAGCAAAUUGUAAGCCUCGGUAUUGAUUCCAAUCGCAUUAAAAGCAAAACCCAAAAUACCCACGAGAAAUCUUGUGGCGAACCGACACACAUACACACACACACGCACUUACGCAUUGACAUCUCUCCGCUGUUGAGGCUUUGGCAGCAGGAAAAAAAGUGCAAAGCAAAUUACAUAACUCGUUUAUUUGUAUAUACAUCAAUUAGUUUGAGGUAAAAAAUUCUACAUCAUCUGCAUAAGCCGAAUAUCCGAUACGAUUUCAGAGUCCUCACAAUCCAAGAGUCAGAGUAAAACAAGCACAAAUACACACAAGCAAGCAGGCAAGCCAUCAAACGGGCCAGCCCAGAACUACGGAUAAUACAGCCUGGAUAAUACAGUACGCAGCCCACAGGAGCGAACGCGGAGAAACAUCAUCUGAUCUUGGCCGACAAUCAUCUCUCCUAGUGGACGCAACGCAAACAAGUAAAUUUUACCAUAUCUCAUUUUAAUCAAGUCAAUCAAGAAUCGAAAAAUAACAAGAACAAGAAAUCAACAAUCAAGGACUCACUCUCGAGUCUACUAAAUCCAAGUACAAGUAUCCAAAUUGCAUAAGAAUCCCCAUGUGCGGGUAUAUCUUGUGAGGUGGUGCUCAGUUCUUAUUCAGUAUAUUCUCGUUGCCUCAUCUGGCUGGGUGCUGGCUGCUAAGCUGCUGGCUGCUCGCUGCAGCUCCAGCCAGGUCGGAGGAAACCAGAAACUGCUUGACGACCCACAAGGAACGAUUAGCUCGAUUUUGAACCGCAGAACUUACAGAUAUACAGAAAAAAAAACAGAUACAGAUACAGAUAUUGUGUAUGCAUAGAUCAACCCGACAUGUCGGCGGCUCGCUUGCCCUACUAUCAGCAGGAUCAUUCGCCGGACAAGCAGCGGCGCGGUGGACGCGGCCAGCGUGGCUAUUCCGACCGCAACGCCUCUGGCUCUCAUAGACGGGACCGUAGCCGCUCCGUAGAACGCCGCCGCUACAGUCGCAGCCGCUCACGCUCUCGAUCCCGCAGUCGUUCCGCAGAGCGUUCGGGCCAACGGCGGCGACGUGACGAACGGAACGACGAGCGACGUCAACAGCAGCCGACGCGCUACCACCGCGAAAGGGAUUCCAGGGAGCGUUCACGGGAGCGGGAUCGCGACCGUGACUACUCCAGACGCUCUGGCCAUUAUCGUCGUUCAGACUCGCCUGCAUCCGUCGGCGGAGGCGGAGUAAGUUCCAGUUCCAGUCAGCGGCGCCAUCGCCAAUCAUCUGGAGGCGGAUCGGAACCGAAUGCCGCACAUAAUUCACACAAUGAGGCCCAGCCAGCUAACAGAUCCAAUGCCAUGUCCGCGGUGGGAGCCUAUUACAACCUAGACACGGAGGAGCCAUUCGACAAGGAGCGCAUUCAUCGUGAAAUGGAGGAGAAACUGCGCGAAGCCCUGGCCAGAGAGGGCAAAGUUUAUCCGCCACGUAAGCCUGAGCCGCCGUCGCAUCCUGUCUUUGCCAAUGAUGGCUCGUUCAUGGAGCUGUUUAAGAAAAUGCAGCAGGAGAAGAGGCAGCAGCUGCAGCUCGGCCAGGACUAUCAGUUGGAGAGCAGUGCACUCGCAUCUGGCAGUACGGACCUGCAGUCACCGAUAGAGGCUCAUCCGGGCAUACCCUGCCUGCCCGCCAUUGCAGUGGGAGCUGCAAACAGUGCGACAGCACCCUACAUUGCCGCUGCGGCAGCCGGAAAAUCAGCUCCACCGCCCCCCAUGGUGGGAAGGCGGCGCGGCGGUAAGGUCCUGAAGACCGGCAUGGUGGCCAAAUUGAAGACACAAAAUGAACAGGAAGUGGACCCAAAGGACUUCUGGUCACUAUAUUUAGCCGAGGUCAAUAAGUACAAGAGCAAUGCCUGCGACACGGACAAUGGCAAGCGUCCGUUGGUCAAGUAGGGCAUGGAAAAAUGAAAUUGAACGCAGAAGACACUCCCUAUGGAGACGCUCCCUUCAGGAGCGAUCCUUCCGUUUGGUUUGCUUUAUUCCCCGCACCACACCACACAAUCCGAUCAGGGCAUUCACGCGCCUUCAAGCUCACAUUAAAAUUACUUAUGUACAUUAUGCAAAUGAUGGUAGAUCCGCGACAGAAAUGUAGUUUGUGAAAUGUAAAUUACGACAAAUCGAUGGAUUCUUUUUUUUUUUUUAUAGAUAUAUACUAUUUACGGAUAUAUAUAUAUAUAUAGUAAAUAUGUAUGUAACUUUUGUACACGUUAAGGGACGAAGCCGUAGCCGCUGCCUCAAUAUAAGAAUAUUAAUGAUUAAACAUAGAAUAGCUCAUAAGGCCGUAGCAUAGUGGAUAUAUACGAACUGUAUGUGUGUCCCUUUCUAUAUUAUAUACAUACAUACAUCUACAUAUACAUAUGUAAGAAGCAUAUUAUUAGUGCAUAGAAAAGCGCACAUUCAGCAUCGACAAAAACAUGAGGAACUAACCAAUAUGAUUCUUUAUAAUCUAUCUCUUUCUCUCCUCUCCGUCUCCGUUCAUGCACCAAAACUCAACUCAACUCGAAACCCUAUUCCUUAUUUCAUUACAUUUUAUUUUUCUUAUAAAUAACUUCACGUUCCUUCCAAUCUUAACCGACUAUCAAACCGCCUAUCUGUCUUGUCUAUAUCAUUCUCUCUCCCCUCUCUCUCUCUCUCUGUAUACCUAUGUACCUUGGUUUACAAUUUGCUUGGUUUCCUUUCAUUUCUGUGGUUUUUCCCCCUUUUUUUUUUUUUUUUUUUUUGUUUUCUUAA